GAGAGGCGACGCUCAGAACAGCGACCUCAGGCGCACAGGGACGCGCAGAGAAGCCGCAGUCAGAUGCAGUAUGGCGCUAUCAAAUGUCCUCGAACCUCCUGUCUCUGGGUUUAAUUUCGACAACGCAGCGAGGAAUGCUGCAUUAGAGGGUCUGUUUGAUGGAGGACAGGCACCUAAACCUCUGAAAACAGGCACCACGAUCGCAGGAGUGGUGUUCAAGGAUGGGGUGGUGCUCGGAGCAGACACGAGAGCUACCUCCAGUGAAGUGGUGGCCGACAAGAUGUGUGCAAAGAUCCAUUACAUUGCUCCAAAUAUAUACUGUUGUGGAGCAGGUACAGCAGCAGAUACAGAGAAGACCACAGAGCUCCUCUCUUCCAACCUCACCAUCUUCUCUCUGAACAGCGGGAGGAACCCUCGCGUCGUCAUGGCUGUCAACAUACUACAGGACAUGCUGUACAGGUAUCACGGUCAAAUUGGUGCUAAUCUUAUACUGGGAGGAGUAGAUUGCACUGGGAAUCACCUGUACACAGUGGGACCAUAUGGAAGUGUAAAUCAGGUGCCUUACCUUGCAAUGGGAUCUGGUGAUCUGGCUGCUCUUGGGAUCCUAGAGGACGGGUUCAAACCCGAUCUAGAGUUGGAAAAGGCAAAGGAGCUCGUGCGCAAUGCCAUCCACGCAGGCAUCAUGAGUGACCUCGGCUCAGGCAACAACAUCGACAUCUGUGUCAUCACCAAACAAGGAGUGGACUACAUCAGGCCGUACCAGGAGUCAGAGUACAAAGACAACAGGAAAAUGAAAUACAGAUAUCGACCAGGUACAACACCAGUUCUGACAGAGAAAGUCGUCCCCUUAAAGCUGGAGGUUGUACAGGAGACUGUGCAGCAGAUGGAUACAGCCUGACCUACUACACACUAUCACACCACAUGAAUACCACAACAUUCAUCAGUGAACGUCUUUAAUUCGUAUUACAUUUGUUAUUCACUAGAAUUCAAAUAUAAGCAGUGAAAUAUCUCAGACAUUUUAUUAACACUGUCAUCAUGGUUUCUACUCCGCUGCUAUGCUUCACUGUGAUGUGGAGUAGUUGAGAAACUCUGUGAUACUGCAGAGGCACUGACCACAGCAAGCAGGAAGACUGUAACGUGUUUUUAUAAUACGGGAAAAAUAAUAAAAAAUCAAUCAAUAAAAUUCAGUUUGACC